CCCCCUCCGUUUGUGAUACGGGCCCGUCCACGUGUUCGUCCCGUUUUCGGUCGCGGUCGCCGGUCGCUUGUCCGCCGCCGCCGCCCCGGGUCAGGCCGCGGGCGGUCGGCAGCGUGGUUGAUGUCGGGUGUUUUCGUCUGUUCCGCCGGCCAGUCGGUUUUGGGCGGCGGAACUGGGUGUGUCUCUUGAAGUGGUCAAGUCCCGUUACAAUAUAGAGUCAAGCAAGAGAACUGGAGUGUCACGGCGGAGGUCGGCAGAGCAGCGAGUGCUGAGGAUACAACAAAUUGGCGACGAGGGACGUGGUAUACCCCAUUUUCUGUUUUUAUUGUUGUAUGCCUUUGCAUGGUCUGACUCAAGUGAUUGUCGAUAAAUCAAGUUUGCUAUAGCAAGUGCAAUGUAUUGAUGUUUACUGUUGCCUGCCAUUCAAGUAAAGUCCGUUGAAGCCAGGAGUAAUUUUAUCGACAUGUCUUCUCUGCCUGUGCCGCCACCAUAUCAGCCCGGAGAAAAUUUUGAUCGUUGGUUGCGCGGUGUGGAGUAUUAUAUGAUUGCAUCUGGCAUUACUUCUAAUCAAAGAAAAAGUGCCACUGUUCUCACCCUUCUCGGACUUGAAAUUCAAGACGUUGUUCGCACAUUGCCGCAGCCUCCGGAACUGGAUGACGCCGCCACAGAGUACCAAGUCCUCACCGCCAAGCUUCAGGCGUACUACCAGCCACGAGUCAACGCGACGUAUGAGAGGUCUGUUCUUCAUGACAUCUACAGAAAAGACGGUGAGUCAUUCGAGGCAUUUGUCACCCGUCUCCGUCUUCAGGCAGACAGAUGCCAGUUUGACUAUGUUCUGUUGGAGCAAACUGUUCUUCAGUGUGCUGUAGCUCACGCCAGGUCCACUGAGCUGCAGAGGAAAUUUUUUGAUAAACCUGACUUGACUCUGGCACAAGCCCUCGAAAUAGCUCGUCACUUUGAAACCACUCGCUCUCAGCUAGAGGAUUUGAACCGAUCGACUGCAGCUGUACAGUAUGUGACCGCGCCGUGCCAUCGCUGUCUCUCCACGACUCAUGAUGCUUCAGCAUGUCCGUAUCGCACACGAGAAUGUUUCGCUUGUCACCGUGUGGGCCAUUCGCGUGCUGCAUGCCCCCAGCGAGCCCGUCAAGCCGAGCCAAGCCGGAGGAGAGGACAGUCUCGAGCGCCGUCAGCUUCAGCAUCGUCUCCAGCAUCGCGACCUCUCCAGGGGACAGCACAGUCAGGAAACCAGUCCUGCUCUCGCUGUCUCAGCCGCCGUCAUGGUCAGGACGUCUGCCCGUUCCGUGACCAGAUCUGUUACAGAUGCCAGAGGCCGGGUCACACGCGUGUCGCCUGCCAGAACCGCCCAGCUCAGAGCAGCCAGCGCCCGGCUCAGCCUCAGCCCGCCGCCAGCCUACCGUCGCGCCAGCGCCGCGCCCAUUACGUCUCUGGUAGCAGCCCUCCCGCCACAGAGGUGUCUGCUGAUCUUCUGUUCACGGUGAGGUCAUCUGGAUCUGUUCAACCACUGCAUGUUGAAGUGUCCCUGAACGGUAGCCCCGUUACAAUGGAGGUGGACACUGGUGCCAGCUGUUCCAUGAUGAGCCGUGCAGUGUUUGAGAAAGCGUUUCUCCAGUCGGUCCCAGAUCUAGCGCCCUACCGUCGCCGUCUGUACACCUACACAGGUGAAGAGGUCCCUGUAGCUGGUGUAGCUCAAGUUGUUGUCGCCUAUCGUGACCAGUCAGCCCGUCUGCCCCUCAUCAUUGUUGACAAUGACGGUCCUACCUUGAUGGGUCGGGACUGGUUGGCCACGAUCAGGCUGGACUGGCCAGCACUGUUUGGCGGCGCCGCACGUGUUGACUAUGUUGCAGUCCCUGGCCUGGAUCUGGAGAACGAGCUACGGAAGCUCGUGCCGACGUUCCCGGAGCUGUUCAGCCCUGGUCUCGGCAAGUACACGCCCAGACAAGUAUCGCUGCAGGUGGACGACAGCAAGCCGCGCUUCUACAAGCACCGCCCACCACCUUUGGCUCUGAAAGGUCAGAUUGAGGAGGAGUUAGAAAGGCAAGUCAAGUUGGGCAUCCUCGAACCUGUCACCACAUCCCAGUGGGCCGCGCCCAUUGUUCCGGUUAAGAAGAGGGAUGGGUCCAUCAGGCUGUGUGGCAGCUACGACCUGACUGUAAAUGUCGCUUCUGCCCUGGAAACGUAUCCGUUGCCUCGGGUGGAGGAGUUGUUUGCUGUGCUGUCUGGUGGUGCAAAGUUUACCAAAAUUGAUCUCAAGGAGGCAUACUUGCAGCUCGAAUUGGAUGAGCAGAGCCGCAAGUUCACCACGGUCAGUACGCACAAAGGUCUGUUCCAGGCUACGCGGCUGGUCUUCGGAAUCAAGUCCGCGGUAGCCGUGUUCCAGAGGGAGAUGGAGAACCUGCUGGCCGGCAUUCCGCAUACCGCCAUCUACCUGGACGACAUCUGCGUAACCGGACGCACUCCCGCAGAGCAUCUUGCGAACGUCCGUGAGGUUUUGAGACGUCUCGCCGCCGCUGGUCUCAAGAUCAACGCUGAGAAAACGGUCUGGGUAGCAGACGAAGUGCAGUAUCUGGGCCACCGGAUCACAGCCGCCGGCAUCAGACCGUCCGCUGAGAAGGUACGUGCCGUCUCGGAAGCCCGAGAACCAGCGUCCCUGCAGGAGCUGCGCGCAUUCCUGGGUCUGGUGCAGUAUUAUAGCCGCUUCCUUCCCCGCCUGUCUACUGUCGCCGCACCGAUGUACGAGCUAGAGAAGAAAGAUGUGAAAUGGGCUUGGGGAGAGAGGCAAAAGGUUUCGUUUCAGGAGACGAAGGACCUGCUCGCUGUCGCUCCAGUGCUGGUGCACUACCAGCAAGCCAAGCCGCUCGUCCUCACGGCAGAUGCCAGCCCGUACGGAGUAGCCGCCGUGCUCAGCCAUCCGGAUCCGCAGACUGGUGCGGACCAGCCCAUCGCCUUCGCGAGCCGCAGUCUGACGCCAGCCGAGCGCAACUACAGCCAGCUCGACCGUGAGGCGCUCGCGAUCAUCUUCGGGGUGAGCAAGUAUCAUCAGUAUGUAUAUGGUCGGAAGUUUGUGAUUAAGACUGACCAUAAGCCGCUGUUGGGCCUGCUAGCACCUGGUAAAUGUCUGCCAAUGGUUGUCUCGCCCAGGGUGUUACGAUGGAAGCUCACGCUGACUGGGUAUGACUUCGACCUGCAGUUUGUACCGGGUCGAGAGAUCGCCAACGCGGAUGGGCUCAGUCGCCUGCCGCUUCCAGACACGGAUGGAGAGUUUCCCGUUCCGGCCGACGUCGUGAACCUGAUGGAGGAGAUGUCCCACCUGGUGACUGCUCAGCAGCUCGCCAUCGCCACCCGCCGCGAUCCGGUGCUGUCAGCCGUCUACCGGCCCUGGCAGCGUCUGCAUAUAGACUACGCGGGUCCGAUGGAGGGCGGUCACUGGUUGCUGAUCAUAGUCGACAGCUACUCCAAGUGGGUCGACGUGCACAUCACCACGUCGACGUCGGCGGCAGUGACGAUCGACAGACUCCGCCAGACGUUCGCCUGCCACGGCCUGCCACUGGUGCUCGUGUCGGACAACGCCACUGCCUUCGCGUCGUCAGAGUUUAGUGCCUUCUUGAAAGGCCCCGGCGCCCCAUGGGUGCCAGGCGUCGUCACCGCUGCUGGCGGACAGAUCUGCACCGUUCAACUGGCCGAUGGACGGAUCUUCACGCGCCACCGGGACCACGUCCGGCCUCGCGUGUGCGCGCUGCCGUCCCUCGUGCCGGGUCAGGCCGACCCGGCACAGCCUGUUCCGGAGACUACCACGCCGGCUCACUCUGCUCGCGCACCGAGCGCGCUGGAGGCGCUCUGUGCUGGCGCGCCGGCGGCACAGGACGCGUCCUCUCCGGCGACAGCUACAUCGGAGGUGCACCCCGCUCUGCUGCCCGAGUCGGUGGCAGCUGCGCCGGCUCCUCCGGGGGUGCCCUCUGGGUCAGCACCUGUCGUCCCGCCUGGGGGUGCUGUCGGGACCCGUCGUUCCACGCGCGUGCGUCGGGCGCCCUCGCGUUACAGCGCGUCGUGAUUGCUGACUUGUGUUCUAAAGGUGGAGGAUUGUUGUGAUACGGGCCCGUACCCCCCUCCGUUUGUGAUACGGGCCCGUCCACGUGUUCGUCCCGUUUUCGGUCGCGGUCGCCGGUCGCUUGUCCGCCGCCGCCGCCCCGGGUCAGGCCGCGGGCGGUCGGCAGCGUGGUUGAUGUCGGGUGUUUUCGUCUGUUCCGCCGGCCAGUCGGUUUUGGGCGGCGGAACUGGGUGUGUCUCUUGAAGUGGUCAAGUCCCGUUACAAUAUAGAGUCAAGCAAGAGAACUGGAGUGUCACGGCGGAGGUCGGCAGAGCAGCG